GCCACAUCCCGCGUUGUGUGUUGCACGUUACAUAGCAAGCCGGAGUACGGUAGUGUUGUGACAGCGAGUGUGUGUGCGAUGCUCGGACGGUGAUCGCAGCAUGGUGAAUUACGUUAACCCGCUCGCCAUGUACCAGGGCAAGGGCGGUCAGUACGGAGCGGGAGGGUGGUACGGCUGGCAGCACCAGAACUUUGAGGAGCAGCAGUGGUGCGCUUGGAACAGUGCGCCGGCGGGAGGGGAAUGGCCAUCAGAUCCUCAUCAUUUCAAACGGGAGCCAGGAGAAAGAGACGUGGGCGAAAUGCCAUCCCCCGCCCGCGGGGACCUGGCCAGCCCGGGAGAAGGCUCUCCUGGGUCGAGACCCUCGCAGCCACCGGCGCCGCCGCGCUCUCCUUACGAAUGGAUGAAAAAGCCCAGCUACCAGUCACAACCUAACCCAGUAGGGAAAACCCGCACGAAAGACAAGUACAGAGUGGUCUACAGCGACCACCAGCGGUUGGAGUUGGAGAAGGAGUUCCACUACAGUCGCUACAUCACCAUCCGGCGAAAAGCGGAGUUGGCCGUCAGUUUAGGACUAUCAGAACGACAGGUAAAAAUAUGGUUUCAAAACCGACGCGCAAAGGAGCGAAAACAGGUGAAGAAACGCGAAGAAGUCGUGAUGAAGGAGAAAGGAGACCACGCAUCCCUACAACACGCGCAGCUGCAUCAUGCGACGAUGUUGCAUCACCAACAGAUGAUGAACGGUAUGAUGCACCAUCAUCAUUAUCACCAAGGGGUGCUGCAAGGAGUGCCCGAGCCCUUAGUGCCGGGCGUGCCUCCGGUUCCUCUUCUGUGACCGCAACAAGACUUCUGUGUUCAUAGUGACACCUAUGGAUAGUGACCAACCCAGUGAUUUUACGUGGACAUUUCCCAUCGUUGCCAUCCUUUAUCUAAAGAGCCGUUAGGUGCAAAAAUAUUUUUUGAGUUUUCGCCAAAAAAUGUGAGAAUUAUCAAAAAGUAAUGUUUCUAAAAAUAAUGCUUCAUAGGACCAAGGUUUACAGUUUGGUUCCACGUUCUUAGCAUUCUUUUCUAGAAACAUUUUUGAAAAUUCCUACGUUAUAGGGAAUUACUAAAAAAAAUAUUAUUCACACAUGCCUAACGGCUUUUUAAUUAUUAGAGGAUGGCUUAUCGAGGACUUUUGUGCAUUUGCAUUGAAUAUUCCACACGUGUGUAUAACGAACUUGUGAUAAAUAGUGCAAUAUCCAUACGAAACUUUUUCGUGCGGAUAAUUCUGGUAUGUAAUUGUAAGUAGGAACCUCUUUUACAAUGUAUAAUAUUAAUUAACACCUAAAAUCUCCCUCGAGGAGAUACACUUUGGUGUCUAGGCUUUUUUCAUUAAUGACCAUCAUUUAAAAUUCUAGCAUCUUAAUAGGUGGUAGAAUUAUAUUUCAUUAUACUUAUUUAUAUCCGGAUAGAUUCAGGAAUGGUGCCGCAUACUCGGCUCGCGAUUACUUAGCUGGCUUAGCUUAUUCUAAAUUGGUCCAUCCAUCCAAUUCGCAAAGUGACUUACUUAUGUUGAUGUUGUUUCUGGCUGAUAUAUCUAAGUACUAAGAACUAUCUACCACUCUCCGAAGUUAACAGCUUUACCUUGUAUCUUAAUGGGAAAAGUCUUGACCCAAGGGUUGAAAACGCCCUUCAUUGCCUUUUUAGUGCUAAUACUUAACUUGGUAGGUGCCUCAGCGGUCUCGUAUUUAGGUUUUGGCCUAUUUAUUGUUAUUCUACGAAAUAGAAUAAGACUAUUAUUUAAAAGGAUUUUUGUCAGUGUAAAUAUAGAUUACUAUAUUUUUAUAUUAUUAUAGUGCAUAAGUAUUACUAAAGUCGAUGGUUUUUAACGUAUUUACUUAUAUUUCUCGACGUUGCCAAUGAUGCUGAUGAGAUUAUUUUCCCUAUAAGUAGGUAAUAUGUAUAAUACGGUGAUGCCUGGACGUCUGCAUCCAUUUAUUGAAUAUGAUUUUUUGCUACUUAUUUGCUUAAUAUGGUCUAUUGAAAUGAAAUGUAGGUACAUAAAAUGAUAUAAUCAUUAUAUAAGAAUCUCAUUUAACUUAAUAAAAUCAUAAACCGUGUCCAUAACUCCAUAUAGCUUUAUGGCGCAUUUAUAGCAUCGGUAGCGUGGAGAAAUAAGUAAAUAUUCUUAAUAUAAAUGAGAUUAUUACUAGAUUUAACGGUUUUGUAAAUAUAAUGUAGUGUAUAAAUUGCUUAAAAUAGCUAUAAUUCUAUCUCGGUUAGGAACAAUGAUUUAUUAGGUAAACACUGAAAGUUAUUCUAUGGAUUCACGUUUUGAUAUUCCGACUGCUUAGAUUUAUAAUGAAAUCGACUUUUUCUACGAUUCGUAGCAACAAUGUAACGAUUUAUUAUUUAUUGAUUCCUGAAAAGAAUUGUUUAGUCGUUUUGUGAUGCCUUUUCGUAAGAUUGUAUUGUGGUGCUAAUUAUAUUUGCCCUACUCUUUUAAAUCAUUUGAAAAUUGUAAAUAGAAAAAAUAUGGAAUAUUCAAGGGGUGAUGCAACUUUUGCUUGUUGUAAUAUAUUAAAGUAGGUACCUAUUUACUGUAGGUGCCUAUGUUAUGUUUAUAAUAUCGAGUAAUGUUUGCGAACACCGUGUUAAUUACUAUUAAUAGAUUUGUACGCAGCACCAUCACGAAACACAUUUGAUAAACUAAAUAAAUCCAUGUUAAUCUGAUUA